AUGUUGUCCAGCAGCGGGCUGACGGGGCUCUCCGGACGCAGCGGUGGGCUGCUGUACCGCGGGCCGCCGCCCCCCGCGCACGCCGCGCGCCUCGGCCUGUACGAGGACGACGAGGACGAGGAGGACGACGACUCCACCGACGAGUACGGCUCGUGCACCGAGGCGCCUCUCUACGAGAACGUCCACGAUGACGAAGACGACGAGGACGAUGAUGAGGAGCGCGGCGGCGUGUACGAGAACGUGGUCUUCGAGCCGCCGGCCUACUCCAACCUGCUGCUGCACCGCCAGGACGAGGCCGAGGACGACGACGGCCAGGUGUACGCCAACGUGCCCGCCGUGGAGGAGGCCCCCACGUACGACGUGCCCCAGCGCCUCGUGCUCAAGGACAGCCACCACCAGCCGCAGGAGUACGCCAACCUGCCCACGUCCACGCCGGCCACCAGCACCCCUCCGUCGUCAGGAGGCCUCGGCGUCAUCCUGGAGGAGACCGAGUCCUCGUCGGCGCGGUCCUCGUCGGGGUCCUCCGGCAGGGGCUCCUCGUGCACGUCGGCGGCCAGCUCCCUGGCGCGCUCCAUCACGACCACAACCGGCCUCAGCCAGCGGCCCGCUAGCGGACUGAGCGGCCUGCUCGCCAGGAUCAGAGGCGGCGUCGCCGGCGCGGUCACGACGUCGCCGUCCGUGGUGGCCGUCACGGCCAAGACGGACGCCAGGGACGCCCGGGACUACGGCAAGGGCUCCAGGGACUCGGGCCUCAAUGACGUCGGCACCGAGUGGACUGCGGCCCGGCCGCCGGCCGCCGCCACCAGGACGUCGUACAGCCCCGAUCUCCAGCAGGCCACGCCGGAGCGACUGGCGCGGGUGCAGCAGCAGGUGCGGCAGCACAUGCAGCAGGACGAGGAGCACUACCAGCAGCCCAAGCACCAGCACAAGUCCGUCCGCGACCUACUGGGGCACUUCGAGGCGCAGCGCCGGCCGGCCGGCGAGGGGGUGGCACCCGCAGGGCCGGUGGGAGGGGCAGCACGGACCGCGAGGCCCACGUCGACCGCCAGCCAGAGCUCGUCGUACGGCUUCGGAAGCACCACCGCCGUGAAGAACGCCCUGCGCAAGACCGUGUCACAGCCCGUCAACAGCAACAACACAGGCGCCGGCAACAAGGCGCACGCCGCCAGCACCGCUGCCAACUACAACGGUAUCAACAACAACAACAACAACAAAAAGGCCUACAGCUCCAGCAGCAGCGACAACAAAGCUAGCAGUAAGGCCUACAGCACAAACGCCUCCAGCUACAACAACUACACCGCCAGCCCCGUCAACAACAACCCCACGCCAGCCGCCACCAAGAGCAACAGCAACAACAACAACAACGUCAACAACAAGGUAGCCAGCGGCAGCAACGCAAGCAGGCGCAGCUUCCUGGACAGCAUCAUCGCGGGGGCGGCGUCGGCCGAUGGCAGCGGCAAGCGGUCGUCGCGGCGGUCCAGCGCCACCAUGGAGGAGGUCAACAACAUCAUCAACGCGGUGCCCGUCACGCUCGCCGACGAGAUCCGCGCCAACGUCAACGGCGGCGUGCACCACCCCGUCCUGAGGAAGGCGGCCAGCGCCGGCGGCCUCCGCAGCGGUCGCGGCGGCAGCGUGGACAAGGACGCCGUCGGCACGCCCAUGGGCACGCCUGCCUCCAGCAACGGCGGCUCCGUCGCGGACCUCCGGGCGUCGUCCAGGGACGACCUUCGGGACUCGUCGACCACCAGCAGCAUGCAGGACAUCCCUUCCAUCGUGGACCAGCUCCCCGAUGACGACAGACCCCAGGAGUCGCGACGGACCACCAGUCAGUGGGACCCGUCGGCGCUGGUGGCCGCGCUGUACUCCGUGCCCGAGCCCCUGCGCGACAAGCCGCGGCCCGUGGACAGGGUCAACGUGGAGGGCUUCCUGGAGCGGCUGCCCAGCGGCCGCACCAAGGCGACGUUCUGGAACGCGUGGAAGCGGUGCUACUUCCGCGCCAAGGACGGCUUCCUGUACUGCUACGCGGGCAAGCACAGCGAGAAGCCCAUGGACGUAACCCAGCUGAUGGGCGGCCUGGUGGAGCCCUUCGAGUCCAUGGUCAUCACCGCGCAGGACAGGAACCCGGCCACAGUGCCCGUCAUAGGAAUCGACGACAGGAUGGGCCACUACUUGGUGGUGCGCGCCAACACGCCCCAGGAGACGGACCGCUGGGUGCGCGCGCUCCAGACGCACACCGUGGAGGACUUCUCCUCCACCUACGUGCAGCCCUGGCCGAUGCCGCGGGCGCCCGCCCUGCUGCGCGACAGCAUCGUCGUGGACCUGGGCAGCCGCUCCGUCCGCGCGGGCAUCCUCUGCACGCAACCGUCCCUGCCCCAGGUGUUCUUCCCCGCGAUCAGUGCCAGCCGGCGCGGCCUGGCGGCCAGCCUGGGGGUGGCCUCCGCCGGCGACAAGGUGUACGGCAACGCGGCGCUGCAGCCGGGCGUCCGGGCGCACAGCAACCUGGGCUACCCCAUCCGCCCCACCGAGCGCAUCAACAAGCACACGAUGGACCUGGCCGCGGUGUCCGGCAUCCUGCGCGUCGUCUUCCAGUCCCUGUCCGUGGACCCCCGCGACUACGGCGUGGUGCUGAGCGUCCCCAGGACCCUGGACGCCGCCACCCAGUCCCGCCUCGUGGCCGACCUGUUCGACCGCUUCGGCGUGCGCUCCGUGCUGCUGUCCCACCAGACCGUCCUCGCGCUCUACGCCUACAACGCGGCCAGCGGCGUGGUGGUGGACGUCGGCGAGCGCACCGACGUGGUGCCCAUCAUGGACGGCUACAUCGUGGAGGGCGGCGUGUCCCGCGUGCCCUACGGCGGCGAAGAGAUGUCGGGCCACGUCCGCCGCUUCCUGCUGCAGCGCGCGCCGCCGGUGUCGCUGAGCACGGUGGCCGAGGCCCUGCUGCCGCGGUACGCGCUGGAGAAGCUGUGCUACGUCUCGGCCAGCUACCGCGCCGACCUCAAGCGCGCCCAGCGCGACCCCACCGAGCUGGCCGCCUCGGUCAGCGUCAGCGAGUUCUUCUCCGGCGACAAGGAGCCCACCAUGGAGACGCUGACGCUGGACGCCGGCCGCUUCCAGGCGCCAGAGGGGCUGUUCCACCCGCAGGCCUGGGGGCUGGACCACCCCGGCGUGCACCGCAUGGUGUACAAGGCCAUCCAGGAGUGCAGCAUGGACGCCCGCAAGACCAUGGCCAGGAGCGUGUUCCUGGCCGGGGGGCUCACCAUGCUGCCGGGCUUCGCGGAGCGACUCCGGGAGGAGCUAGCCGCCCUGCUGCCCCCCGCGGCGCAGCCCAAGGUACACGCGUCGCCGUACCGCUACCACGCCGCGUACCUGGGCGCCUGCGUCCUGGCCAACUCGAGCGGCGUGCAGGAGAUGUGCCUCUCCAGGGAGGAGUACGCCCGCGACGGCGGCAAGCUGCUCAGGCCGUGGAUCCUGUAGGCGUGCCUGUCGGCGUGCCUGUCGGCGUGCUCCAAGUGCAGCAAGCGCGGCAGUGGUGCGAGGAACGCAGCCAAACGUCCGUCCUCGGGGUUUGGCUGCGUCUCUGGCACCCUAUUCGCGUUCCGUCCAGCCGCCCUGCCCUGCAGCGUCCCAUCUGGGGAUGUUUACUGAGCUUAUGCGAAAUGUGUGCCUGUGUCUGUCCGUGUGUGAGUGUGUGUGCGUGUGUGCGUGAGUAAGAGUGCUGUCGUGUAACUUGUAAGAAAGAAACUAUCAGAGAGUGAAAUUAAAUGUAAAUUAUGAUCUCUAGC